UUGUAGUUGAGUAUCUAACAGUUUUUAUGUAAAUCCUUAUUUUAUAGACUCAAAAGUUAAAACCCCUAUAAUUUUUCUUCGUAAUUCCAACAGCUUCUCCAUCUAUCAUUCUCUCAUGUUCUCUAUAAUUUAUUAUUUAUAAUUAAAUAGGUUAAUAAUUUUUAUGUUUAAAAAUGUAGUUAAAUAAUUAACGAUUAAAAUUAGUGUUAAUUGCCUUUAAAAAAAAAUAGUGUUAAUUGAAAAGAGAAGAGAAAAUAUUAAAAUAUUCAGCAACUCCAACGGUUAAAUUAUAGGGAAGCAAAAGACAAAAUUUUAAACAAUUUUUCAUCCCCAACUCCAAUAGAUAGAAUCUCUAAAAUCUCAAUAAUUUUUCUUAAAAUUUUAGAAAUUGCUGUAAAUUAAGGGAAUUUUGUUUUCUCUUUCCUCUCUAUCCCUAAAAUGGGGAUAGUUAUAGGGAAUCUGUUAGAGCAAAAAAAAACUCAUUUUCCCCUAAAAUAGAGAAAAAUUAAAAUAUGGAGAAAAUGUUGGAGUUGCUUUUAAAAGAUAACUUAGUAUAAUUUUAGAGUUUGCUGUAAAUAUUGAGAUUUUUGUUUUCUCAUUUUUCACUCUCUCUAAAAUAGGGAUUGAUAUAGGGAAGCCGUUGGAGCCAAAAAAAUGCAACUUUUCUCUUAAGAUAGAGAGAAAAACAAAAAAAAUAUAGUGAAGUUGUUGGAGUUGCUCUUUGUGAAAUUGAUUUUGGAUUUCAAUAUGUGACCUUCCAAUGAGCCUGGUAUGGUUCUUGUGAAAAAUAAGAAUAUUUUACAUAAUGCCCUUGCCCAUAGCCCUAUCUCCAAUACUUGCAUUUCAUGUAGAGGUAAUUUCUACCUUCAUAAAGAGGGCUUCCCUAUAUUGCCACAACAACAUUGGACACCUCUAAUGUUGGUUAAGGACUCCAGAGUCGCAUGUUUUGCAAAAUCCCAUGUGGUCGGAUUGGGACAGGCCUGAAGCAGAUUUAACAACACAGGAUUCUUUAACCUUGAACGAACAAAUUCAAGGUUCUAGAGUUUUUGGAAGACAGCCCACGCAUUAAGACUCCAAACUCUUUGCAGGAGUUGCAGCAAUCCAAUUUCGAAGGGCUUUCCUUGCAGACCUAUUCUGCAGCAAGACUGUCCAUUUUAAGCUCAAUAUACCUAAGAGAAGGACAAAUGUGCGUUGACCACGAAGCAAGGCCAGCAGCCAAAAAUGGUUAAUGCACAGCAAUAAUAAAUCAUAUUCAAUACAAAGUCAUCAGAAGUGUCACUGCUGGAGUGCUAUCAAAGGAGUUUCUACAGAAGAGUAGGCUCCUUAUUUAAGGAGUCGAAGCCAUUGCUUAUAUAAACAAUUGGAGACUGCUACAUCUUGGGCAUUACUUAUAUACCAUAUGUAUCUAACAAUAGAAUCAUGGACAGAGUCCAAUCUGUGAGUACAAACAUCACAAAUGUAGCAAUCAUUACCAAUAUAUUGAAAAUCUGCACCAAAAACUUGGAUGAAAGACAACAAAUACUAUUACACAUUUACUGAAGUUUCAGAAAGAUACAAACUUAUGCUAAGAAAAUAAAAAGAAGAAUUCAAUUCAGCAAUGUAUAGGCAAUCUAAGUUUAUACAACUCUAGAUGUUCAUACAACUCCUUGCAUUUGUCAAAUCAAAUGGGAUUGGGCACACCAAACGAAUGUCAAGAAACCCUGCAACAGCAACUUAUUAGAAACGGGUACUAUCAAAUGUUAUACAUCGUUGAAUCCAACAUGGACUAAAAAUUGUAUAGGCGUUUAUAUUAGAAAUGCUAACUAUUCAAAACACAGUUUUUAUUUUUUAAGAUUCGUAGCUGAAACAAUUGCGAAGAUAUUAUUAUACAGAUUUCAAUUGCUUUGGCAGAAUAUUUAAGCCUCUGUUUGAAUUGGCAGAACCCAGAUUAAGGAAGAGGAUUUAGAGCAAUUAGUAAGGCAUGAAUGAACAGAGACCAGAAAAUCAAUUAGUGAAUCAAAUGAUCAGCCAUACACAACAGUAUUUUUGCACACACAACACAAAAGCAGCUAGGACAUCAAAUACAUUUAAAGAUUCCCUCAAUAGUUCAACUAGCAAUCCCAGUUCAUACCCAAACAAUAACACAGAGCUAGAACAUCAUAUUUGUUAACCUAUCCACCAAAUAGUAUAACAAGUAAUCCUAAUCCACACCCAACAAUAAAACCUAUGCAGGACAUCAGAGACUUUCCAAUUUCAUCUCAAGCUUUGAACUUGCAAAACUAAUCAGAAACUAGCUCAAUGAGAAAUCACAUCACACUACUUUUAACCUGUAACAGUGAUCAAACUUAGACAGAGCAAAAGCAACAAGGAAUCAUAUCUGUUUACUUGAUUCACUAGUGGUGAAUAGUCUAACCAGUAAUCCUAAUUCGUACAUACAAUAAAACAUAAAAGCAGGACAUCAGAAACAUUCCAAUCAUAUUUAAACUUUUGAACUUUCAAGACCAAUUUGUAUCAGAAAGAUUCAACCUUGCUCAACCCAUCAGACUGCUCACACAGUCAAAUCCCCAUGACAGGUUAUAGAGAACGAAAACACGUGCUGGGCACGUGAAGUAGAAUAAAAAAAAGAAAAAAAAAAGGGGGAUAUAAGCUAUUUUUUCUUUUUGAAAAAACCAAAAGAUAAACCCCCAACCUGGGUUGGUUCUGUCUCUCCCUUUAGAAACCAAACCAUAAACCCUGGUUCCUUUGCUCUCUUUGGAAAUGGUGUCACUGGACCCAGAUGACUUCUUGGCCGGCCUUGCCGAUGACCGGGACUAUCCCAGCCGUCCAUUUCCGGCAACAGAGAACCUAGCUGAGGAAGAAGAGCUGGAAUGGCUAUCCAACAAGGACGUGUUUCCGGCCAUCGAAACCUGCAUGCUGACGGAGGAGCCACCAAAAAAGGCUGUGGCCAAUGCCGAGCAGGGGAAUCCGGUCUCUGUCUCGGUUGUUAAAGCAAGCAUUGGAGGAGGUGGAGCACUGCUAUUGCCGCUAAUGCCGAGCAGGAAAACAAAGGAUGAGAGUGUCAAAGUGAAGAGUAUGAGAGUUUGCGCAUAUUGCGGGGUUACACAGACCCCACAGUGGCCGGAGGGUCCCUUGGGGAUAUGUAAUGCCUGCGGUUUUAGCUACAAGUCCGGGCGGCUUUGCACUGAAGACAGUCCCAAAGUGCAGAGCAUUAAGAGUGACAAGGUGAAGAGCAUUAAGAGUGACAAGGUGAAUGGAAUUAAGAGUGACAAGGUGAAGACCAUUAAGAGAAAGUGCACACAUUGUGGGAUUACACAGACUCCGCAGUGGCGGUUGGGUCCCCUUGGACCACAGACCCUGUGUAAUGCUUGUGGGGUUAGGUACAAGUCUGGGAGGCUUUGCCCCGAAUACCGCCCUGCAAAUAGCCCUACGUUCUCGCAGGAGUUGCAUUCGAAUAAGCACAGGAAGGUAAUGGAGAUCAGGAAUCAAAUCUAUGGGAAUGAGGGGACGGUGGUGAGACCUGUGGAUAAAUGCACAAACAGUGCCUCCACCACUGCCCCAGAGAAGAUGAAGAAAGACAUGUUCCCGACUGUCGCAACAGUGGAGCAACCAAGAAGAAGUGUCAUUGCUGAGCAGCAGAGCCCUGUUUCGGUGCUUGAAAACAGCACAAACAGCAGCAUCACCCUCAAGCCCCACCAACCCCCAAGCAAAUUUCUGAGGGAGCAGCAGCUGUUCUGUAACCAACCUAACAAUAAGCACAACCAGGAAGACACUGCCUCAGUGGAAAUUAAGAGAAACAUCAUCCUCAUGAGUUCCUGUGGGACCCUCGAGCUGCCUUAUAAAGCGCCAAGCGAAGUUUUGGGGCAGCAGCAGCUGUUUAGUUGCCAAACUACCAGCAAACGCAGAAAGAAAAACAUUGUUGAAAUGAAGAAUGAGGGAAACAAUGCCACCCUCACGAGUUCCUGUGGGAACCUUGAGCUGCCCCACCAAGCGCCAAGUCAAUUUCUGGAGCAGCACCAGCCUAACAACAAGUGCAACAAGAAACAUACUGCCAAAGUGGAGAUGACCAUGAAACCUGUGGAUAUAUGUGGUUUGGACAGCAGCACCACCCUCAUGAAGUCUAAGAAGGACUCAUUACCGGCUAUCGAAACAUUGAAUAUCUUGGAGCAUUCAAGAGGCAUUUUUAUUGCUGAGCAGCAGAGCCCUGUAGUGGGGAUUGCGGUAAAUUGCCAGAAUUGUGGUGCUGAACAGAGCCCGCAAUGGUGGGAGGGUCCCCUUGGACCCAAAACCAUAUGUCUUUCCUGUGGGCUGGCCAAGUACACAGGCAGGCGGAAAAGAAGUAUGUCUUUAGUUUCUAACAAGAAGCGCAAAAAGGAAGACAUUGCGAAAGUGGAGAUGGCAGUGAAACCUGGGGAUAAAUGCACAAACAGCACCACUGCCCUCAUGAACUCCAAGAAAGACCCCUUACCGGCUGUCGGGACAUCGAAUAUCUCAGAGCAACCAAGCGUCAUUGUCAUUUCUGAGCAGCAGAGCCCUGCAUCUGUGUUUGAAAACAGCAUAAGCAGCAGCAUGAUGCUCAUGAGCUCCUCUGGGACUGUCAACCUGCACAACCAAGCCCCAAGUGAAUUUCCGCCGCAGAACCAGUUUUGUGACCAAGCUAACAACAAGCCCAAAGUGAAAGACACUACCACAGUGGAGUUUGAGGGAAACAGCUCUACCCUCAUGAGGUCCUCUGGGGCCCUUGAGCCUCUCCACCAAGCUCCAAACGAAUUUCUGGACCAGCAGCAGCAAGCUAAGAACAAGCCCAACAAGAAAGACACUGCUAAAGUGGAGAGUGAUGGAAGCAGCACCACCCUCAUGAGCUCUUGUGGGACUAACAAACUGCCCCACCAAGCACAGAGCGAAUUUCUGGUGCAACAGCAGCUGUUUUGUAACCAAGCUAACAAUGGGACCAAAAAGGAAAACACUGCCAAAGGGGAGAGUGAGGGGAAGUGCCAGAAUUGUGGGGUUCAGCAGACCCCGAGUUGGUUGGGAAGUCCCCUUGGACCAAAACCCCUAUGUCAUGCCUGUGGGCUGGCUAAGUGCACGGCUGGCCAGCAAAGAAGUAUUGCUGUGGAGGUUGGAAAACUGGCCUGUCCAUCACCUGCCACGGGAGAGUUUACUAAUUCAACUUGCACUUUUCCGGUUCUUGAAGAGUUCCAUCUCUCGCAGAAACCAAGCGACAUAGCCAAUGCCGAGCAACAGAAACCUUUUUCAGUUCUUGAAAGCAGCACAAACAACAGCAUAGCCCUCAUGAGCUCCUGCAGGAUAAAAAUCCCCCACCGAGCCCGAAGCAAGGUCCUCCGUAGAAGAAGAAGCACAAUUCCAGGGCAGCAAGUUGGGGUUGGAAAAAACUGUAUGCAAUGUGGAAAACAGACAAAUAGGUGGCGGAUGGGUCCCCUCGGACCCACAACUCUGUGUAAUGCCUGUGGGAAUAAGUAUCAGCCCUUGUGGGGAAGAAGCGGCGUAACAGUGGACAUUGCCAAAAACUGUCAGCAUUGCGGGUCUGAAGAGACCACGCAAUUGCUAUUGUGUCCCCUUGGACCCAAAACCCUAUGUACAGUCUGUUAUCAUUGGUUUAAAGCCAGUGCUGAAGUGGAGAUUGAGAGAAAAUGCCAGCAUUGUGGGGCUGAGAAAACCCCGCUUUGGCGGUCAGGUCCCCUGGGUUCCAAAACGCUGUGUAAUGCAUGUGGGCUUAGGUGGUACAAAUUCAGGGAUCUUUGCCGAGACCGCUCUGCAAGUAGCCCGACUCUCUUGAGAGAGUUGCAUUCAAAUUGUUACAGGAAUGUGCUGAUAUGAGGAAGCAAGAAAUUGGAGUAGGGAUGGCGGUGGAGCCUGUGGAUAGAAAGAACACUAUUGGUGAGUAGCCAUUUCCUUUUUCUUAUGCAGUGUCAUUUGAAGUUAGUAGGAUUAAGAGAACUAUGAAAUAUAGGGUGUUUGGUUAUGCUGCUUGAAUAUGGAUUUGAUGGAUCCAGGGUGAAUGUGGAUUAAGAUUAGAAUUCACCUUCCUCGACUGACUUACCCUAAUGGAUAGUGGUAGAAGUGAAUAUUAGUUCAUUGCAAGUAACAUCACUUUUCAGGUUGUAUUUUGUGGUGAAAAUCUCCUAUGAAUAUAUAUGAAAUAGAGCGAUGAGAUAUUGUAGUUGUAUCACUUGUGUGUUUGUUUUGCGAUC